GAUGAUGUAAUGACUAUGAUACGGAACGACAAGCAUCAGAAAGAAUAUAUUGAUAAACGUGGAAUUCAUGUUGUCGUUGGUCAUUACCUAGGAAAUGAUUUACCAUGGGAAACAACACCUAACAUUACCAACGAGAUCUUGAAUACAAAUGGGUAUUCUCCAAUUCCAAAAGCCGGUGAUAAUGGGCAACCAGUGUUUAUAUCUCCCCAUGAGAACGCCAAAAUGAAAACUUUGUUUCAUAUCAAUCGAUUUAACCUACUGGCCAGUGACCGUAUCUCAGUUAACAGGACAAUUCAAGAUGCAAGGAAACAAAGCUGUCGGGAGAAAUCAUACGUGACAUCAAAUCUUCCAGAUACUAGUGUAAUUAUAGUUUUCCACAAUGAGGCUUGGUCCACAUUACUUCGUACAGUACAUAGUGUCAUCAAUCGGUCUCCACGACAGUUACUUAGGGAAAUAAUCUUAGUGGAUGAUGCCAGUGAAAGAGCUUUCCUGAAAAAUCCACUUGAUGAUUAUGUAUCCAAGUUGCCUGUAUAUGUUAAAGUAAUCAGAGCCACAAACAGAACUGGACUUAUCAGGGCAAGACUCAUGGGUGCCAAGGUUGCCCGUGGUCAAACACUAACAUUUUUGGACUCUCACUGUGAGUGUAACUAUUACUGGCUAGAGCCACUUCUGACAAGGAUUGCAGAGGACAGAAAGAGAGUCGCAUGUCCAGUAAUUGACAUAAUUCACGACGAAAACUUUGCCUACGUACGCAGCUUUGAGUUUCACUGGGGAGCUUUUAACUGGGAACUUCAUUUUCGGUGGUAUCCAUUAGGAGAAAAAGAGAUUCACAGGAGGCAAAAAGAUGGAACCUUGCCUUUUAGGACUCCAGUAAUGGCAGGAGGGCUGUUUUCCAUUGACAGAUCAUACUUUGAAGAAAUUGGGACUUAUGAUGAGAUGAUGGAUAUAUGGGGAGGUGAAAAUAUUGAACUGUCAUUCAGAGUAUGGCAAUGUGGAGGCUCUGUUGAGAUUGUUCCUUGUUCACAUGUUGGCCACCUGUUUCGAAGAUCUUCACCAUACUCAUUUCCCCGACCAGGUGGAGUUGGAAGUGUCUUGUACACCAACUUAGCUCGUGCAGCAGAGGUCUGGAUGGAUGAUUGGAAGGAGUUUUUCUUCCUUUUAAACCCAGGGGCAAAGAAAAUGCGAAAGGGGAUAGAUGUUAUGGAAAGGAAAGCUUUACGAGAGAGACUUGGCUGUAAGAGUUUCAAAUGGUAUCUUGAUACUGUGUGGCCUGAACACUUUCUUCCCACAGAUGGCAGAUUCUUUGGAAAAAUACGCAACAAAAAGAAUGGCAAGUGUUUUCAGCGACCCAACACUAAAGGUACAGCUCGACAACCUGUGGGCAAGGUUCAGCUGGGAGAUUGUGUGUUUGAAACAUAUCCUCAACAGUACUUUGUCCUCACAAAGGAAGGUUUCUUGAUGACUGAUGAAUCAAUCUGUUUGGAUUCGCCAGAAGCAACAGCAGAUACAAAUGUUGUGAUGCUGGCCUGCAAUGAAUAUAAACGACAAAAAUGGAAGUACAACCCAACAGAUAGAACUUUGGUGCAUGUUAAAUCAAAACUUUGUUUGGACCUUCCAAGUUCUCACAGUCCAGAUGGACUAACCUUACAACACUGUAACAAGUUAGCAACACAAGAGUGGCUCUUUGAAACAGUCACGUGGAAGACUUCCUAAUGAGUAAAAGUUGUUUGGUUCUGAAUCUUGUACAGAUAUACAGUAAUGGAAAUAAUUAUGGACACACACAAGUGAUACAUGUAGAGGAAUCAUACAACAAUGUGGUAGCAUGUGGUGAAAUUAUUAAUGGACAUGCACACAAGUGAUACACAUAUAGGAGUCAUACAAUAAUGUGGCAACAUGUGGUGAACUUAUUAAUAGAUACACACAAGUGAUACACAUACAGGAGUCAUACACUAAUUUGGCAACAGGUGUUGAAUGUAUUAAUGGACACACACAAGUGAUACACAUACAGAAGUCAUACAACAAUGUGGCAACACCUGGUGAACUUGUUAAUAGAUACACACAAGUGAUACACAUACAGGAGUCAUACAACAAUGUGGCAACACCUGGUGAACUUGUUAAUAGAUACACACAAGUGAUACACAUACAGGAGUCAUACAAUUAAUGUCUUAUUAAUGGACACACACAAGUGAUACACAUACAGAAGUCAUACAACAAUGUGGCAACAUGUAGUGAACUUAUUAGUGGUGUGAAACACUAUCACAAAAAAUAGAAAAGAAAACAAACAAAUUGAAUGCACUAAUAUUUUGUAUGUUUACUGUAUACAGAGCAUUAAACCUUGUUUCCAUGCUGAAAUACGUUUUUUUGAUUAACUUUUGACUUUUUUAGUUUUUACAUAACCCUUCACAGCUUCAAGAAUGUUCAUAUUGGAACUUUAUGUAGACUAAGUCAAUGUUAAGAGUGCUUCUUCAGCCUCUUUACCAUAAAAAUAUCAUUAUACCAUAUUUUCUGUAUUCUUGGGAUCAUUGUCUGGCUGGAAGAUGAGUCUCCACCCAAAGAUUUAUGUUUCUGAGGGAAUGGCAAUCAUUAUGCUAUUAAUUUUUGGUAGAUCAUUGACACUGUUGGCUGAAAUGCAGUCCUAAACUUGUUAAUUUCAAUAUUUGUGGUCUGAUGCCCAUUAAAAUGUUUUUGGGCUGGUUGCCUAUUCUCAGCAGUGAUUUUAGAGCAAAUACACAUCCUUUGAAACCACUUCAUGUUAAUGUGUUUCUGACUGUUCUUGAGGUAACAUUCACAUAUGUAUUACUAAUUAUAACAAGAUCUAUACUAGAGUACUGUCUAUUCCAUAAAGAACACGCCUUGAGAUAUUUAACAUUACUUCAGGAGAGUUACAGUUUCCUACCUCAUCCACUUCCAUUAUUAGGAAUGCCAGUUUCAUGUACCCUUUUCUGUGUUUUAUGUAGAGCUCCUACUGAAAUAUGAAGUCUAGCUGUAGUUUUUUGCACUAAGUGUCUUUGACUAGCCAAAUAGUUUUUCCACAUGCUUUUCCCUUGGUAUUUCAGUCCUGGGAACCAUGUUUGGAUUCAUGCUCCCAUCUAUAGCAUCUGACUAAGAUAUGAUAAAACAUGGUUGUAAUUUGGGAGUUAGGUAUCCUGGGAUGUUUGGAAAUGUAACAGUUCCUCUUCUGCCUACUCACAGUAUAGAUAGGUAAACAUGAGAGAAAAAUAUAUUACCAAAUCUAACCGAGCCAAGGAGACAAACCUGAGAACCUAUAAAUUUUUAGAGUAGACAAAUACCUAGCUUUAAACAAUUUCAAAUGUUGACAGUCAAAAGAAACUCAUUAUCUUGAGGGGAAAAAAAUCAAUUUAAAGAUCGACUUAAUGUUAUACUGUGGUUGGUGGUUGCAUCAGCAUAUGCAUUCUAUUGAGUGAGCUCCUAUGGUAUUGGAUUCUUAUUCUGAUGAUUGUUUGAAUACAUCUGUUUGUGUUUCUUUGCACUUGAAUUUGUUGAAUGUCUGGAUUUGAUGACUGAAAGUAGUAAUGUUUUUCUUGCACUUGGAUCUUGUAGUUGUCUGAGUUUUGCAGCUGUUAGUGGCAGAGUUUUCAGUAGAUGUGGAUACAUAUUUUUUUUCCUGGGUUGUUGUUUGAAUUUGUAGAUCUCUAGUUGAUGCUUGGUUUGGAUGAGUAUUGGCUUUGAGUGUUGAUUUGGUUUGGAUGAUUAUUGACUUUGGGUGUUGAUUUGAAAUGGUCGAUUUGGUUUGAUGAGUAUUGGCUUUUGGUGUUGAUUUGAAAUGGUCGAUUUGGUUUGAUGAGUAUUGGCUUUUGGUGUUGAUUUGAAAUGGUCGAUUUAGUUUGAUGAGUAUUGGCUUUUGGUUUUGAUUUGAAAUGGUCUAUUUGGUUUGGUAGGAAAUGGAAGUUGAGUUUCUUGAUGUAUAUAUUCUUUCUCUGAAAUGAUUUUUUUUCCACCUUGAAAACAACCAUUUCAAAGUAUCUGGUUAGUAGCAUUGUGGGAGUUGAUGAUAUUUCCAGUAGUUUGAGACAUAAUCCUUGGAACCACAUGAAUAUUGGUUGCUAGGUUUUCUUCCAAAAUUUGUUUGAUCUCUUGAGUGGUGACAGUGAGAUUCACCUUCCUUAAGAAAAUACAAAACCUUCUGGUGUUACUUAUUAGUGGAUGGCAUUGUAUGGGUGGGUCAGAGUUUCGUGGGGAACAUAAGUUGGAGAAGGCUAUUGACAUUUGCGACUGAAUGCAUUUUAUGACUACCUGUACUUUAAAAAUUAUCAAUAUAUGGCUGUACUCUUGUGCAGUUCAUUUUUACAUGAUAAAGGAGUGGCAUUACCAUAGUAUUUGCUUCUUAUCCGCUUUUCUUCACAGUUUCAAUACUUACUUCCAAUACUGUACAUGUGAAUCAGGGAUUAAAUUUUCCAUUUGAUUGUAUGAGAAUUUGGUGUAUGAUCUAUAGAAUGCUAUAACAUUACAUUAGUUUUUAUGCUUAUUUUACCUUUGGUGAAGAUUAGCAGGAAUUUGAUGAGUGGCAUACAAACAAACUAAAAUUAUAGAACCUCACCCUCCUUUAUUAUAAUUCAGUGAAUAAUAAUUAUUACUGUAGUUGGUUUGUAUGUAAUUUUAGUUUUAUUGGUUAGUUAAUCUUCUGAUAGUGUUUUGCUUUUAUUUUUAUGUCAACAUGUACAAAAAAAAAAUAUUUCCUGACACCUCCAUUAAAAUUUAUCUGUCUUAAAAUAUCUUCACAUGAGUCUUUAAUGACAUUUUCAGUCUUUCAUAUGAACUUGUCAAUUCCUAGAAGGUAGGCAUAUAUAAAUGUCUGAUCUCUAAAUGCUGGUGUAAUACACUAAUUGUAUUUUGUCAUUUGGGCAGUUUUUGAAUAUAAAAAUGUAAAAAUCAUCUCAUUUUUUUAAAACAGUUAGUCUUCCAUUUUAAUAGUUCAUCUUUAAACUGGUAAGUAUUUGAAUGAUGAAUUAAAAUGUCUGUGGGAAAAAUUCAAAAUACGAUGGAAAAUGUUAUAUAAGUUACAAAGUAAUUUAUGCCAGAAAUUCAUCUGUGCUAGGAAAAUAUUUUUCCUAUAUGCCAUGAUUUUUGUUUCAUGAAAAUUGGGUAAACCACACAAAAAUAUUAAGAGGCAGUUCUUUGAAGUGAAUUUUUCACAAGAACAGAAAAAUAUAAUUUUAGUAUGUGUGUGUGUGUGUGUUCUUAGAAAAUUCACUUGAAUAUUUUUGGAAACUACUGUAUGAUAAUUUUAAUCAGUAUGAAAGAAAGAAUACAAACUCAUAUUUUAACAUUAUUCUUGUCAAAUAUGUUCAACUGUGUCAUAAAUUGGGAUAAAAAUAUUAUCUUCCUUGUUAUAACUAAUGAUAUGUUUUCAUUUUUUGAAAAUAUAAGAGAAAAUCAGUUUCUACCAAUGUUCUUAGACAAUGUCUGUAUUUGUACAUAACACUUUUAAAAUUUAUUACUGACAUUUUAGGUAAGCUGUAAAUACUUACACAAAACAAAAUUUGACCAGUAAAUACACCCAUUAAUGUCUAUUGUAUUGAAGACUUACUCAAGUCAUCACUUCUAGCUCUAAACUAAAGUAGCUAAUUAGUCAUGUGACUAAGUGAAGGUUAAACAAUUUAUAUCUUUAAGAUUAACAAAUUAUAAACUCUGUAGCAUAUGUACUUAUCAGUUAAGUAAAUAAAACAAUAGAAUGUUUUAACUGAUUGUGUUAUUGAAAUUUAAAGAAGUAAUAAUUUAUAGUGAACCAAACUUUUUAAUCUAGAUUUAAAUCAUCAUCUUUUAUUAAUUAAAGCUCACAUUUUAGCUUUAACUUCAGGUAUUUAUGAAAUAUGGUGAAAUUGAUCUGGUAAAAUGCAAAUAUGGUAUCUGAUAUGUUUAUUCAAGGUAACUGGUUUUGAUAUUCAAAUUUUAAAUAUUUCUUAUCACUAUUGUUUUCUUUUAAAUAAUAACAUAGUAAUUUAAGAAUUACAAGAUGCAAUGUAAUUUAAGGAAAACCAAGGCAGUUUACCUAGUAUAUUCUAAAGAAACAAAAAACCAAACACCUUAGUAAGAACCCAAAAGAAGUUUUACCUUACAUUUUAUUAAGAGUGGACUAGCAAUUUUUGGUCACCAGUAAGUCAUUUAGUGACUGGCUUGCAUCCUUAUUGAGGUCAACCUGGGUCACACUGGAAUGAAUGAGAGUGGGGGAAUUUUGUUGACAAUAUUUAUAUUAAUUUGUAGUCUUACAAUUUAGACUAUUGAAUUGUAUCAAUAGCGACAAGCCUGCUGGGACUUUCUGAUGACCUGUAUGGUAGCCCACUUCUUCAUAUAAUUGUAUUUCACUUAAUUGUAAGAGGAUGUAGAGUUUGUUUUUAUUCAGAAGUAUUAAUCUGUGAUAACUAGGUUCAAGGAAGUGGAACUGUGGUUACUGAUUUAUUAAUAAUACUUUUUAACUGAAGAUAUAUGAAAUGUUUAAAUUUUUUUAAUUCACAGUUUAUUUUACUACUCACUAUUUUAUAUUGGGGGUGCUUGAUAUUGAAUAUUGUGU